AUGGCAUAUGUUGUAAGCGCACAUAAAGCAUCUUCAGUAAAAUAUGCAGUAAAAUCAUAUUUUUUAGAGCCAGAAAAUCCAUCUUUAGUAAUUGCUAAAAGUAAUAGAAUUGAAAUAUAUACGCUUUCAACUCAGGGAUUAAAGCAUGCUCAUGAAUUUACAAUAAAUGGAAAAGUAUCUGCAAUCUUAUCCUAUAAACCCCAUAUUGGCUCGGAUACUGAUCACCUUUUUAUUGUCACAGAAGAAUGUGUAUAUUUUACUUUGAGUUGGGAUAGAAUCAAAAAUAGAUUAUGUAAUGAAAUACUAAUUAAAGACGUUUUUGAUCCAUCAUUAAGAACAACAGACUGUGGUCACUUAUCUAUUAUUGACCCGGAUUAUCGUGCAAUAGCGUUGUAUUUAUAUCAAGGACUUAUUACCAUUAUUAAAAUUAAAACAGGAAGAUAUCAAAAAAAUAGUAAUGGAACCAAGAAUAAAACUACGAAUGAAGUAUUUAAUCUAAGGUUAAUGGAAUUAAAUGUUAUAACAAUAACUUUUCUUUUUGGUUGUUCAAGACCAACUAUUGCAGUUCUUUACCAAGAUAGUAAAUAUGCAAAACAUCUUAGUUCCUAUGAAAUAAUAGUACAAUCAAGGGAAAAGCGUAUGAAAGAAGGCCCUUUAAAGAGCAGAGAUUUAGAUAUUGGAUCAUCACUACUUAUACCACUGUUAGAUAGCGGAAUAAUUAUAGUUGGUGAACAAACACUAAUGUAUAUUCAUCCAAAUUCAGAAAUUAAAUCAAAAUUCAUUAUCCCAAUUCCUACUGUAUUUUCUUCUUAUACAACGAUUAACAAUAAUAAACAUAUUCUUGCAGAUGAUUAUGGGCGUAUAUUUAUGCUGACACUUUCAAAUUCAUAUAAAGAUUCUAAUUUCAUGAAAAUUUCUCAAAUAGGCAUUACCAGUAUCGCUUCUGUUCUUGUAUAUCUUCCAAAUUCUUACUUAUUUAUUGGAUCACAUUAUGGUGACUCUCAAUUAGUAAACAUUCCUGAUUGCUUAGUUUUACAAUCAUUUCCUAAUAUUUCUCCCAUAUCGGACUUUUGUUUUGUCACUAGAGAAGGAAGAAAUGAAUUUAUUGUAACAUGUAGUGGGGCUUAUAAAGAUGGAAGUUUAAGAAUUCUUCGUUAUAAUGUCGAAAUGAAUAAAACAUUAGAGAUUUCUAAUCUAAAUGGUAUAUAUGGAAUAUGGGGACUUUAUCUUCAAAAUGAAUUCGAAUAUACAGCGCUAGUUUUGUCUUUUGUAAAUGAAACACGAAUACUCAAAGUUUUUCAUAAUAUUUUAAAUGAACCAGAAAUAGAAGAAUGGGAUAAUUUCGCUAUUCCUAAUGCAAAAUUACCAACAUUAGUAGCAAAAAAUGUCAAUAAUAAUUUAUUUUGCUUUAUUUCAAACAAAUCAAUAUGUUUAAUUGACUGGAAAAGCAAUUUAGUAUUAAAAGAAUGGAUACCAACAGCAGAUGACAUAAUUACAUGUGCUUGUUUAGAUACAGAAUUCGCUUCUGUAAGUUUAACCAAAGGGAAAAUAGUUGUAUUUAGUUUAAAAAACAUGACUAUUGUAGAAAUAGGAGAAUACAAAUUCAACUAUGAAGUUUCUUGUAUUGAUAUAUCAAAUAAUGCGUUGAUUUCUGUUGGCCUCUGGAUAGUUCCAUCAAUACAUAUUCUUUCUAUUCCCUCAAUGGAAUUACUUUUGUCACAUAGUCUUUUAGGAACAGUUAUUCCUAGAUCAAUUUGCAUAGUAUCAUUAGCUAGUAUGAAUAAACCAGUUAUUUUAGUUGGUAUGGGUGAUGGAACUCUUCUUUCCUACGGUUUAGAUGGUUUGGACAAAGGUAUUUUAAUAGAUCAAAAAACUACUACUAUAGGGACAUUACCAAUAAAUUUAUCAAAGUUUAUAACUCCAAUUGGGAUGAAUGUAUUUGCAAUUAGUGAUCGUUCUAUAAUUAUAUAUGGUAGUUCAGGAAAACUAUCUUUUUCAUCAAUAAAUUUAAAAGAAAUUAAUUGUAUGAGUUCUUUUAUAUCUAGUAUAUUUUCAUCAACUAUUGUUGUUGUUUCUGAAAAUAUUAUUAAAAUUGGAUCAAUAGACUCUUUACAGCAACUUCAAAUACAAACAAUUCCACUUGGAGAGCUUCCAAGACGAAUUUGUUAUCACGAUAAACAAAAAGUAUUUGGUGUUUUAACUAUAAAAUUAUCUCUUGAAGCAUCAAACGGAAAUGAAGUUCAAACUAGCUAUUUAAAAAUUUUAGAUGUUACUAGUUUUGAUGUUUUAGAUUCUUUCCAGCUAGAACUAAAUGAAUGUGUACAAUGUAUAACAAGUGUUACUAUAGAUAAUCAAGACAUAUUUGUAGUUGGAACUGGAUUUUCAUUACCAGAAGAAGAAGAAAGUUCAAAAGGAAGAAUCAUUUUAUUCGGAGUUACUAAUAAAAAAAUAUGGGUAUUUUCAGAAAUUCAAGUAAAUGAUGCAGUAUAUUGUAUAGGAAUAAUUGACAAUAAAAUCAUAGCAGGAAUAAAUGCUUUGGUACAUAUAUAUGCAUACGACAGUUCUUUGAAAAAUUUUAAUGUUAUUGCAACAUAUAGAUCAACUACUCUUUGCUUAUCACUAGCCGUUCAUGGAACGUAUGUUAUAAUUGGUGAUCUUAUGAAAUCUGUAUCUUUACUUGCUUUCAUUAAUACUGAAAAUGGACCUAGAUUGAAAGAAGUAGCUAAAGAUUGUAACCCAUUAUGGAUGACUUGUGUUGCUGCAUUAGACAAUGAUCUUUAUAUAGGUGCAGAAGCAGAAGGAAAUUUAUCUUUAUUUUGGAAAGAUUUUAAUACUACUUUUGAAGAAAAUAAAUUACAAAUAAUAUCAGAAAUUAAGUGGGGUGAAUUGGUAAAUCAAAUUAAACCAGGCACAAUUUUAUAUUCAGAAAAUUCAAUAAUAAUACCAAAAGCUACAUUUGUAACAGUAGAUGGUUCUAUUGGGAUUAUUUUUACAGUUAAACGUGAAUAUCUAGAAUUUCUUGUUAAUUUACAAUCUAAUAUGGGAAAAAUUAUAAGCGGAAUUGGAUGCUUAAAUCAUUCAAAUUGGCGUGCAUUCUGUAAUAGAAGAAAAAAGUCAAAUGAACCUAAAUGUUUUAUAGAUGGAGAUUUUGUUGAAAUUUUUAUUAACUUGGAUGAUGAUAUUAAACAAAAAGUAAUUGAUGGUGUUGAUGGUGGUAUUCCACUGUUGUUGACAGUUAAAGAAGUGAAUGAAAUCAUAGAAAAUUUUAUUAAGUUUCACUAA